AUGCCGUCGACGCCCGUGAUCCCGCCGCCGGCGCGCGAGUCGCGCCGCGCCGCGCCCGUCGUCGACGCCCCGCUCAAGCCCGCCCACAUCCUGCGCGCCGUGCGCGCCCCCGACGGAUCGCUCUCGCUCGACGACGAAGGCGUCCCGCUCUACUCGCCGCGCUUCCUCCCCGACCUCGCCGCGCGCGAGGCCGUCGUGCGCGAGCCACGCCCCGCCGACACGUGCGCCCGCCUGCGCGCUGACCGCGACCGCGCCGCACAGACGAACUUUCUAGAGUUUGGCCUCCGGAAGAGGCUGCGCAAGAGAGACGUCGAGUUUGCUCGCAGCGCAGACGUCCUGCGCCGCCCGUGGCACGACUGCCUCGGCGCAAGCGCCGACCAGGAGAAGAGGAAGGUCGACCUUAGAGGUAAGGUUUAUCUCGCCCCGCUCACGACGGUCGGGAACUUGCCGUUUCGCAGGGUGUGCAAGCGGCUGGGCGCGGAUGUUACGUGCGGGGAGAUGGCGCUCGCGGCUAACUUGCUGCAGGGGCAGAACUCGGAGUGGGCCCUGCUGCGGAGGCAUAAGGAGGAGGAUUUGUUUGGCGUGCAGCUGGCCGGGUCGAAUGUGGAUACGAUGACGCGGGCGGCGGAGAUGCUCAACUCUGGCUGUCCGAUUGACGUGGUGUUUAACAAGGGUGGGGGAUGCGCGCUGAUGAAGAGGCGCCCAAAGUUAAAGAGGAUGGUGUGGUGCAUGCAGUCGGUGCUGGACGUGCCGCUGGGGGUCAAGGUGCGGACGGGUGUGGGCGAGGCGGCACGGAACGCGCAUGAGGUGAUUGCCGAUAUGGCAGAAGCGGGUGCGGGCUGGGUCACGGUGCAUGGGCGGUCCAGGAAGCAGCGCUACUCCAAGCUGGCGGAUUGGGGGUACAUCACGGACGUGUGCGCGCCAGCCGCAAAGCGGGCGGGGAUCCCGCUGCUUGGGAACGGCGACGUGUAUCAUUGGCGGGAUGCGGUGCGGUACUUUGAUGGCGGGGAGGAUGCGGGGGCGGGGGUGGAGUCGGUGAUGGUUGCGCGGGGGGCGCUGAUCAAGCCGUGGCUGUUGACGGAGAUCAAGGAGCGGAGGGAUUGGGACAUCCGGUCGGGGGAGCGGUUGGAGCUGUACAAGGAGUUUGCAAGGUACGGUCUGGAACAUUGGGGCGCGGACGAGAAGGGGGUAGGGACGACGCGCAAGUUCAUGCUCGAGUGGCUGUCGUUUCUGUAUCGGUACGUGCCCGUGGGGCUGGUGGAGCGGCCGGAUUUUGUGGUGCGCAUGUGCCACCGGGCGCCGUUCUUCAGGGGGAGGGACGAGUUGGAGACGCUGCUAGGGAGCCAUCGCAGUGCGGAUUGGGUUAAGAUUACGGAGAUCUUGCUGGGGAAGGCGCCGGACGACUUUCAAUUCAGGCCGAGGCAUAAGAGUAAUGCCUGGGGGGAGGGAAAGGUCGCCGAGUCGGAGGGGUGA